AUGAAAAUAGAACCUAACCCAGGAGACCAGCUUCCCACACCCACCUUCGACCCAAACGAAAUCCCUAGAGUUCCAGCACCCAAUCCCUUAGCCUACGAUCCAUGGAAUGACGACCACAGGGAUUAUAGAGAACUCUACCCACAAGAGGAACCCAUACCAAACCCAGUAGCACCAUACCCUAACCUUGACCCUCUAGAUCCAUAUUGGGAUAACGACCAAUAUAUUCAGGAAAUCCUAGAGAACCCAUACCCAUAUGAAGAACCGAUGCCUCAGUACCCUGACCCGAUACCAGCACCACCACCACCUAUGAGUACCGAAAACGUGCAGGAACUCCGCACUUUUGGUGAGGAGUUAUUAGAUGAAAGUGAAAGAAUAAGGCAAAUAGGGGAGAGGCUCGUUUGGAAAUACGACGAGCGUAACAUGCAAUACUGGAUGAACCCCUAUCAAUAA